AUGAGACCAGAAGAAUCGGGAGAUGAGUAUUCGAAAGGAUGCGCUCAUCUACGUUGCGAGAACGGCAGUCAAUGCAUUAAACGGAGGUUUUGGUGCAAAGAUUCACCUUGUCCCGGAAUGUUGUACUGUUCCAAGUCCAGAAAAGAAUCAUUGAAAGGACCUCUAACGUGCGACACUGUUCGCUGCAGCAGAGGACACGUAUGCAUUGUUAAAGUUAGAGAAUGCCAUUGGGAUACAGGAUGCAAGCAACAAAUAGCUCGCUGUAUAUCGGAGAAGGAAUAUUACGAGGGUGCAGCUUUUUGCGCCGGUUUCGAGUGUCCUUCUGGAAAACGUUGCAUCUUACGGGAAACCCAUUGCAUCAAUCCACCCUGCAAGCUUAUCAGAAGCUGCGCGGAGCUAGCAGAUGUGCAGACUUGGUUCGACGAAUGUAGAAGUUUGAACUGCACCUCGGAAUACGAGUGUUUCUUACGGCGAUCAUGUUUUGAUUCAUGGUGCUCGCAUAUACCUGAUUGCACGCUUACCGUCGAAGACGUGCUAAUCAGCAAGUACUGCCACGGCUGGAUUUGCCCACGAUCGCAAAAAUGCGUAGUACGAAUUAUAGGUUCUUGCAAAGGUUUUAACUGUACCAUCGAGAGAUCAUGUCGUACAAUUAUGAUCUCGUCUGUCCAACACGGCGCGAAUGACAAGGUCGUCGAGCAACCCCCGGCCAGAAAAACUUUGGCACAAAUGGAAAGCGAGCUGAUUCGUCAAGAACAGGAGAAAAAAAUGAAUUUACAGACGAGUUAUCCAAUUACAGGGGAAAAGCCAACUUUGACGAUUUCAACGCAAAGAUCAAGUCUACACCAUACGACAUUCACAAAACUUGACACGGAAAUUUCAUUGACUCAUCGGCAAGCCGCAACUACGAGAAAUCUAAUCACGAAAUCAUUCAAGUCAUCGACAAACCAACCAGAUUUGACGCUGCCUUAUUCUCAAUCUUGGUGGAAUUACAAUAAAUUAUCGACGAACAAUUCCACCGAAGUUUUGUCGAACAAUGCAACUUUUCCGCCAAGUUUGCCUGUCGAAGAAAAGAUUGAGUUAACUACGUCGCGUGACACGAAAAGAUUAGAGAUGCCGAAGAAGAUCUACGUAGCGAGCAACGACGCGUUGCCGCUUCCCAUGGUGUUUGAAGGCAUGUUUGAAGACAUUAACUUUGUCGGACAAAAUUAUUCAAUCUGGAUAAAGAACGAUCCGAUAUCAUCGGAGAUAGAGGACGAGGAUGACGACGCAUGGGAACCACAGGAACCGUAUAGGAUCUUAUUGCCGCCGUACGCGCCGGUGACAAGAGGACGAGGACAACUCUUUCCGUUUUUUACUAACGCAUUCGAUCGUUCUUUCAACGAGGCAACAGCUUUAAUAUUUUUGCCAGAAAUAACAUUUAUAGAUACAACGGCUUCAAAGGAUAAUAUCUCGACAAUUGUGGAUAACAAGUUUGGUAAAUAUAUCAAUGAUUCGUCUAGUUAUUAUACGAGUUUUCCUGCAAAGGAAAAGACAAAUACUAUUUCAUCAAAUAUUCAUAAAGAAUCGGACAAUUAUUAUGACCAGCGAUUGCGGUUUAUGAUUUACGAUUAUCUAAAUCGGUAUGAGUCGCAAUCAACGCACAAACAAGAAUUCAAAUCAAGCGUCGUUAAUUCUGCAAUAGAUCAUUCGUGUAAGAAUAAUUCUGACAAUCUUACAUUAUGUCGCAUAUAA